CGUCACUAGUCUCCCUUUAGAGAAGAAAAAAUACAGUCUUCUCCUACUCAGAGAGCAGAGAGAGCAGAGAAGGGCAGCAAAGUAAUUUCGAGUAGUAUCCUCAGAUCGUGAUCUCCUCCACACUCCUGUAUAUAUAUCGUUCUCACCAUCAUCUUCUCAAACCCUUUCUCUCUAUCUUAAGAGCAGAAAGAGAGCGAAAAUGCAGAGAAACAGCCCGGUACGAAAACCCCACACAUCUACAGCAGAUCUCCUCACAUGGUCCGAAAAUCCCUCUCUCGAUUCCCUCUCCCUCGACUCUUCGACUCCGGGAUCGCGUCCGACGAUCCGUACGCACCAGCCGGCUGGAGGAAUCAGUACAGUUCUCUUUGGAGGGCAGAUGACGGACGAAGAGGCCGAAAGUCUGCUGAAAAGGAAACAAUGUUCAGGCUCUAAAUGGAAGGAGAUGACUGGUAGUGGUAUCUUUGCACCUGAUGGUGAAAAUGGUGCAGCAGAAUCUGGUGGUGCCAUCUCUACUCCUAAUAACAGAACAGGAUUGCGAAUUUCCCAGCCAGCGGCCAGUGUGACGAGCCAGAUAUCAUUCAGUGCUGAUGGGAGUGUUUCCCCCAAGAAACCAACCUCUGUGGCAGAGGUUGCAAAGCAGCGGGAGCUAAGUGGGACUCUAGAGAGUGAGGCAGAUGCGAAGAUGAAGAAGCAGCUGUCAGAUGCAAAAUGCAAGGAGCUUAGCGGUCAUGACAUCUUUGGUCCUCCCCCGGAGAUUCCAUCCAGGCCAUUGGCAGCACGCUCUCAGGAGUUGAAAGAAAGCAGAGACAUUGGGGAACCUGCACCACGAAACCUGCGCACGUCUGUAAAAGUUUCUAAUCCUGCGGGAGGUCAGAGUAAUAUCAUUUUUAGUGAGGAGACUGUGGUGAAGACUGCCAAAAAGAUUCAUAACCAGAAAGUGGCAGAGCUGACGGGCAAUGACAUCUUCAAAGGAGAUGCCCCACCUGGAUCGGCUGAUAAGCCACUGAGUGUGGCAAAGCUUAGGGAAAUGAGUGGCAGCGAUAUCUUCGCCGAUGGAAAGGCAGCAUCCAGAGACUACCUAGGCGGGGUCCGUAAGCCCCCUGGUGGCGAGAGCACCAUCGCACUGGUUUGACUUCACUAACACCUCCAUUUACUUCACCAUUUUACAUCAUGGUUUUUUAGUUCCAGUAGGGGAUGGUUUGUGUUUGCUGGUGGGCCAUGUUAGAAGGCUCGACGACUGCCACAUUGUGGCGUGGCCCGGAUGCAAAAGGUGGUGGUGGGUGUGUGAUGUAUUUAACUGUUCUCGUCUUGUCUGUCAGUUGAGAGUAGAGUAUCAUUUUGGAUGUUUAGAUGACUCUUCUGGAAAUAUAACGGUACUUGCAUUAUUAUGUCUAGACAUAAUUGAUGGCGAUGGAUGCUGAUGAUUUUCCAUA